ACAACACGCACCACAGAUCGUCGAGAUGCCGUCUUACCUAGACAGGAAUGUCUCAGUCAAAGUUUCACGGUUUUACAUGAAAGUUGUCGGAAUUUGGUAUGCUGGAACAGAACGUGAGAAACGGAUGCUGAACGGGGCUCUGAUUUACACAAUAGCCGCUCUCGUCUUUGCCUUUGCCGCCAUGCUAAUCGAUUUGCAUCAUAUUUGGGGAAAGCUUCACUUUCACGAUAUCAUGGAAAACAUCCAACUGUCGAUAAUGCUGUUAAGUGCGAUUUUGAAAUUAAUGAUCGCAAUAGCGCGGAAAGAUGCAAUUAUCGAUGUCAUCAUAUUUUCCGAAAAAUAUUUUUGGAAGGUGAAAUACGACAGUUUUGGCAAGCAGGUAUUAAACGAGUGCGAAAGGAAGGGUAUCAUUCUGCUGUGCAGUCUGGCAUGUGCUGUCCAAGGAACAGCGGUCUUUUACAUAUCAAGGCCGCUUAUAACAUACAGUGGACUAAACGAUACUCACAGAGCACUGCCGUUCGGACUUUACGUCGAUUUGCCUUUAGCCGUGACACCGUAUUACGAGAUUACUUACACAAUUCAGUGCCUGUCAAUCAUACACUCAGGAAUCUGUUUCUUCUGCUUCGACAAUUUGUUGGGUAUAUUGAACAUUCACAUCGUUGGUCAGUUUAAAAUACUGCAGCACAGACUGGAGACGUUGUGUGACGGAUGUAUGAGUCACGUGCAUGACGAGAGUCAAACGAACUAUUUUGAGACGGUGGAUGUGAAUUUGCCGAGAGAAAUCUUCAACAAAAAUAAAAUUUUGAGAAAGCAAAUCGACGUUGUGACGGCUGGAGUGAAGAAGAAUCACUCGGAUCUCAGUACGCAGACUUACGACGAAUUGAAGAAAUGCGUAAAACAACAUUUGUUCUUAAUUAAUUACGUCGAAAGACUCGACCACGUCUUCAGCCCGAUGCUUUUCUGUCAGAUGGGAUUUUCCAGCUUAUUAAUAUGUCUGACAGGCUUCCAAACUUUUGUGGCUAGACGUCGAGCAUUCAUGUUACAACUGCUGGCCGCCUACUCCCAGACCCUAAUUUUCACAUGGACCUGCAACGAAAUAAUCACCCAAAGCAUGGAAAUUGCGAAUUAUGCAUUCAGCGCGAAGUGGUACACGAUACCGGAUACUAAGGAACGACGGUCCAUUCGCAAGGGUUUGAUGAUGAUCAUGAUGAGAUCACGUCGCGCCUGUUAUUUGACUGCUGGAAAAUUUCACGCCGUAUCUUUGCAGUCCUUCAUGAAUAUCCUCGGCACAACUUCAUCCUACUUAUCGAUACUGCGUCAGCUGAGCGACGGAACUUACGAUUAGUUCAUUUAGGUAUCCUCUGUAUUUGGCAGCUAACCAUCAGAUUUUACCACACUGAGAUA